AUGGAAAACAAACCAUCUGGAAGAACAAAUGCCAAAGGCAAGAGUAAAGAAGACAGUUUUCAAACUUCCGCAGUUGAUCAAUAUCAAAGAUGCAUUACAGACAGCCCUGGCAUCAUUGAAUACAAGCAGCGCCCAGAUCUAACAAUUGACGAAAUCGCAGAACUUAGGUGUAAACCUUUGGCUUGCCAAGUCCAAAUGUGUAUGUCAGUUCCUCACAAGCAAGCUUCACAAAGAGACAUUUUCACAGGCAUGCCCGUUAAUUUUAAUAGUGAAUGUGAAAACCAUAAAAGAAAUUUUUAUGAGUGUAUUGAAAGAGAAAGAGAAUUGGUCUUAGAAAAAAUUAAACAGAACAUUUCUGUGGAAGAAAUACUAAAAAGUUAA